AUGGCGACUUUAAUUGUGUCCCUGGUUCUGACCCUUCUCGCCCGUGAGGUCCUCGGAUUAUCUCCGGUGCGUGUUUCCCACGAGUUGGGGCCUCACCUAUCUCCAUCAGCUUUAAUUACUGGCGCAAACACAACCGCGUACCCGCGUUGGAGCGAGUUCGAUGCCCCCAAGCCCGGAGUUGUGGUGACGGUGGCUACGGAACAGGAUGUAGCCAAAACUGUGCACUACUGCACGUCCAAUGACAUUCCAUUUCUGGCUCAAAAUGGAGGACAUGGGUGGGCAAAUACAUUCCACCUGGGGGUGGAUGGACUUCUGAUCAAUCUGAAACAACUUAACACGAUCGAUUUCAACGAUAACAAGACGGAAGUCACGGUUGGGGGAGGAGUUGAAAUCUCGGAGGUGAUUGCGGCAGCCUCCAAGAAUGGUGCCCUCGUUCAGACUGGCAACUGUAACUGUGUUGGAGCCCUGGGUGCUACUUUAGGGGGCGGAUACGGGAACCUCAUCGGCCUUAUGGGAUUUGGAGUCGACAACGUCUUGUUGCUCAACGUGGUUAUGGCAGAUGGUCGCUUGCACACCGUUACGCCCAAGGAUGGGGAUCUCUGGUGGGCGAUGCUCGGCGCUGGCCCUAACUUUGGCAUUGUCACGUCUGCAAAAUUGAAAGCGCACCCAGUCUCGCCCUCGGGCCAAACUGGCUGGUUCGGACAACUAAUCUACACAGCAGACAAAGUCGAAGCUGUGGUGGAGGCCAUCGACAACAUCACCUUAAAGCCGAAGAUGAAUCUUUUUCUGUACUACAUGAACAGUGGCUCUCCGGACUACACUCCUAUGCUCGUCGUCACGCCAUUCUACUACGGAACUGAGGCGGAAGGAAGGGCUGCAUUCGCAACCUUCCUGGACAUUGGCCCCGCGGAGGAUACUACGACCGAACUUCAGUACCCGCACUGGAAUGAUGCGGCGGCGGGCUUCUGCACCAAGGGUGGGUAUAAGCCAGCAUAUACUGUUGGUCUUGCUCGGAUGAACCCCAGCACCUGGAAAGAGGUUUGGGACGAGUAUGUCUCGUAUAUUGCGCGGAACGGCACCGGCAGCAGCCUGAUUCUCAUGGAAGCGUACUCUCUGGAGAAAGCUCGCUCUAUACCGGAAUCAUCGACUGCCUUUGCAUUAAGAAACAAUGUCAACUUUAAUGCGGUUGUCAUCCCAUGGUACUAUGAUACCAGCCUUCGUUCGGGCGCCGAGGCUUUCGGUUCCAAGAUUCGUGACCUGUGGCGCUCUACUGAUGAGCUCGACUACCCGGCUACAUACAUCAACUUCGCACAUGGUGAUGAGGAUUUGACCACGAUCUAUGGUGCGAAUGUGGACCGGCUCAGGGCUAUCAAGGCACGAGUGGAUCCGGGAGACGUUUUCAAUCAAUGGUUCAAUCUGUGA